AUACAAGUGGUUUAUUCCUUUUGCAUACACGACCAGCACCGAAAUGAGAUUUAACGUAACAUCCGAUGACGUCAUGAUGAUGUCAAAAGAUCAAGAUUCAGUGGCAAUCAGGGACAGCAAUAUACCAACACCUAAUGGCAAUAAUUGGGUAAUUGGGAACCCCAUGCAGUAUGGAUAUUACCGUGUAAAUUAUGACGACAGAAAUUGGAGAGCUUUGAUAGAGCAACUGAAGUCUGACCAUGGGGUUGUUCACGCUAUAAAUAGAGCACAGAUAAUCAAUGACGCAUGGAGCUUAGCAAGAUCGGGAGACUUGGAUAUGAGUUUAGCUUUAAGAACCACCGAGUACUUGAACAAAGAGAGGGAGUGGAUACCCUGGUCAGCCGCCAGCAGUCAACUCGGUUUUGUUGGGUCAAUGUUAGAAAGACACCCGCUUUACGGUUCUUUUACGAAAUUCAUGCAAAACAAGACAACUUCGGCGUUCAAUGAAUUAACAAUGAACAACACCGGCGCAACACAUUUAGAAUCGUACCUACGUUCGACAAUUACGAGUCUAGCGUGCGAUUAUGGCAUCCAAUCAUGCAUAGAUGAAGCAAAACGACUUUUUAAGGACUGGAUGGCUAAACCGGAAGUCAAUCCAAUUGAUCCAGGAAUAAAAUCUACAGUUUACUGCGUUGCCAUCGGAGAGGGAGGUGUUGACGAAUGGGACUUUGCUUGGAGCCAAUACCAGGCCGCAAAUCUUGCAGCCGAGAAAUCUAGACUCCUUGCCGCGUUGUCAUGCUCAAAAGAAACCUGGAUACUGAGUCGAUAUUUGGAAAUGGCCAUUGAUGCGAACCAGAUUCGCCGACAAGAUUCUGUAUCGGUCAUUGUUUAUAUAUCUAGAAAUACGAUUGGUCGAUCUCUUGCUUGGGAUUUCUUCAGAGCCAAAUGGGAUUUCCUAUUAAAUGA